GCAGGCACAAGAAGGGCAGCCCGCGCUCGGGGGCCUUGCGGCGGGGCGGAGGGUGCCGGCCGGUGCGGGCGGGCCCGGGCCGGGGCUGUGGGAGCCGCGGGCCAUGGACGCCGUGCUGCUCGCCGUUGCCGCCGCCAUUCUCGCCGUUCUUCUCUUCUUCGCCACCCGCGUCCGCGGCCAGGCGAGGGCAGCCGAUGAGGAACACCAGCAAAAUGUGGCUGUGGCGGUGGCCAGGCCUCGGCCCCAUGAGGAGCGGGGAGACGCGAUGCCAAGGCGCCGGAGGAACAUGGGAACCCGGAUGAUGGCCCAGAGGAGAGUGCAGCAGGCAGAAGACUGGGUGGAAGAGGAAGAUGAUGCUGAGGAGGUGCCAGAAUUUCAGGUGUCUGGGAAAAUCGGAGCGAAGAAGCAGAGGAAAUUAGAAGAGAAACAAGCCAGAAAAGCACAGAGAGAGGCUGAAGAAGCAGAACGAGAAGAACGGAAAAAACUUGAGUCAAAAAGAGAGGAGGAAAGGCGGAAAGAAGAGGAGAGAAUACGUCUGGAGGAAGAACGGCAGGAAGAGGAAAAAAGGAAGGCAAAGGAAGAAGAGGAGAAGAGAGAGUAUGAAGAGUACCUGAAGCUGAAGGAGAGUUUUGUAGUUGAAGAGGAAGGGGUUGAAGAAUCAAUGACAGAGGAAGAGUCUCGCAGUUUUCUGCUGGAAUUUCUGGAAUACGUUAAGAAAACAAAGGUAAUCCAGCUGGAGGACUUGGCUUCGCAUUUGGGUUUAAGAACACAGGAUGCAAUCAACAGAAUCCAGGACCUGAUGGCAGAUGGCACGCUGACAGGUGUGAUUGAUGACAGAGGGAAGUUCAUCUACAUCACUCCGGAGGAGAUGGCUGCCGUGGCUCAGUACAUCAAACAGAGGGGACGAGUCUCCAUCGCGGAGCUGGCCCAAGCGAGCAAUUCCCUCAUCAACCUCCAGCCUGACAGCCGAGCUCUUGCUCCAACCGUGGCGUGAGAAAAACACAGCAGGAGUUGAACCUUUUAAUGAAUAAGCUGCAUAAUUUAAACCAAAUGGGAACCCUUCUCAGCCAUUCACGGUGCUUGAAGCUGCAUCAGCUGCAAGACUUGAUCAAAAGUUUUGCUUUUUAUUCUGUUAAAGGUGAUAUAAAAUGGAAUAGUCAUUUGUACAACAGACGCUGGCCAAGAACUUGGGGCACUCUGCACAGCAAUAUCAGUAAUUUUUACAUGGUUAAUUUAUCUUGGCAUUUAGUCUCGUGUGGCUAUACCCAAACUUUUCAUUGUUUCCAGAUUCUGAUGCCUGUGUCAAAUGUGUUUGGGGUUGAUUGCACUCAGAACUCUCCAGGCCUGCUCUGCACUUACGGAGCUGCAUAAUUUUGUGGCAAUGACAAAUACAGCCCAGAAUAAUAGUUGUGUAGGGGUGAGGUUUGCAGAGUUUUUCUGCUGUAUCAACAUUGAAAGGAUGGAGUAAAAAGAAAAUACUUUGUGUUUCUCUGUUCUUACUGAAAUAUCUACUGAAACUCUAGAAAUGAGAGAACUUCCAGGGGUUAUUUUAGAAAAGCUUUGCUAUAUAAAUAGUUUCGCUUGGUUUAUAGGUUGUAAAUUUUGCUCGCGGCCAAGCCGCGUUAUUUUGCUGUAGCGAAGAGACAGAAACACCUCCAGGGAAAGGCGAAGUCACCUCGGUUGUUGUGCAGACCAGUUCUGCUGAUAACAACCAGAUUCUGAUGAUUCAUCCUUUGAAGUCAGAGCCAGCUGAGUGUCUGAAGGCCUCAGACACCCCCGCCCGUGGCCUUUGUGCUUUGGAUGGUUUUGUUUUACAAAAUCAAAUUCAAGCACUGUGAUUCAUGCAAUUAGUGUUCCAAGUAAAUGAUUAUUAAUGUAUUAAUUGGAGGGUCAGUAUGUUUCCUGCAUAGGAAUAUUUAUAUUUUUUUUAUAGCCUGAUUGAUGCUUUGUUAAUUCUCCUUCCUGAGAUCAACAGAAUCCAUGUGGUUAUACAAUAAUUGGAGAGGGCAAGAGGGGCUGGUUUUGUCUCUGCCAAACUUAGAGGUAACUCGAGUAGACUUAAAAGCUGCGCUGUCGGUGAGGUGAGGGAGCAAUAAAAUAAUGGAAGGCAGAAUAUUUCCUUCUAAAUCUCAGCAUCACUGCUGAAUGUGACGCUCCGCAGGGCUGCGGAGUUACGGCGAUGUGAAAGAUCGGUACGUCCUUACUGUGCUGCACAACCAUCACCAGCAGAGAAACCACUUGAGAUUUGAGGCUUGUAAAGUCUCUUAAUUAUUCUGAAUUUGAUUUUGCCAUGAUUUGUUUUGUCCUGAACUAUUAUUUUAAUUAAAGAAACAGUACCGAAAGAAUUGCA